UAACGGUCCAGCCCGUUCAAACCGGCCGAACGAACGGCGAACACAGCGGGGACCAGGAAUCACCCAGUACCGUUACCGCUAUUCGGUCACCGCCGUCAUCCCAGCAGCGGCGCAGUCAACAGGCCGGGAUGUAGCGGGAGGGAGGGAGGGGGGAAUCGAAGGUUUGAGCGCUGCCUCCGUCGCUCCUAUAUUUCCGCCAUGCAAGUACGGUUAUUAUCACCCCUACCUCGGCAUGGUACUCCGGCAUCCAGCGGCAUCCAACCGGGGCUGCGGGAGGCUGGGUGUGACGCAGCGGCAGCCGAGAUUUGUGGCUCCAGAAAAUCAGAGGCAGGAACAGGGAGAGCUGGGAUCUGUGAAUACGGCAGUCGGGGCUGCUCUGUGCUGGAUGGCCGGUGUCAACACACACAAGAGUGAGGGGGGACUUCAUUUCCGGUCAUAG